GUGAAACAAGUGAGGCUUCAGAAGUGGUGGAAUCUCACACUACGACCGUACUUCAAGGCUCAACGUACCGAGAGAUACCUUUUCGUUGCCAGAAUGGGCUUCCAGUGGUUGCUGUCUGUUUUUCUUCUGGUUGGACUGGCCUCCAACUUUGCUGCAGGAUGCUGUCUGAGUCACUGCCUGAAGUGUCCUCCGCUGUGGACCCUCUACGAUGGCCACUGCUACCGUUUCUUCGGGAUUCGGAAGACAUUCCAUGAAGCUGAGAGCCACUGCCAGCAGUUUACUGAGGGAGGGGAGGGCCAUCUUGUUUCCAUUGCCUGUGAAGAGGAAGAUGACCUGAUGUUUGAGAUGUGGGAGUCCUUAACAAUGUCACCGACCGCCACCUCAGACUUGAACUCCGUAUGGCUCGGCCUGACUGACGCGUCAAACGAGGGGCAGUUCGUUUGGAUCGACCGGGCCACCGUCUCUUACACUGACUGGGGGGACGACGAACCGAACGACUGGGGCAACGGUGAAGACUGCACCACGUUGCGCUUUCACGCCACUAAGGGUCGAUUUUGGAAUGACAAACCCUGCUCGACAGAGUUGCCAUACAUCUGUAAGAUGACUGCCACCAGUUAAAUUAUGUGCCUAGGUAUGGACGACAACAUGUGCUGCGACGAUUGGACUGUCUAAGAAAUAAAAGAUUGAUACUCUUGUGCAGUUUCAUUUCAAGACUUAUGUUAACCAAUGUCGGUUUCAAGUAGUGCUCCGCAAGUUAAACAGACUUUUAAAAUCGAGGGUGUUUUCUGGUUACGGGCUUGUCAACAUGUUUAGAAUUCUUCAAAUUUUACAUUUGUUAUUUCAAGUUUGUCUUAAUAUUCUAAGAACUAUGGGGAACGAACACAUAAUUAGCUAAUCCCUCUGCUCUUGAGAAAGGCAGCUCUAUGCGCUCUAAUGAAAAGGAAAUAACGAACACUGACUAAGGAUUGUCUUUAAAUUGCGACAGCCCCCAUAGAAAUAUUUUUCAGAAUCUUGGUUAUCACACUGUAAAGCGUACGUACUUCAAUCAGGUAAUCAACCUGUUAUCAAGUAAAAGAAACUGGCACUUGGAUUAGUUCUCUUUUCAAAUUUGUUUUUAAUCCGUUGAAGUAUACGAGUGCUGGUUGAAGAUUUGGACCCAUAUUUAUGGUAAUAUAAUGAUAAUAUCAGAUUUAAAGUCUUGCAACCAGCAAAAGAUUAUCCUGUGUAUCCAUUUAAAAGUAGCAAUUCAAUUGAUCUAAAAUGCUAGGGUAAAGUACAAAACCACAUUCUCAAAGAAUCAUCUUUAAACUAACCUCAGGGCAAUAGGGAAUUAUCCAUUUUCCUGAAACAGUCAUUUAUCGCUGAUCAAAUCAAACAGUAAUUAGAUUCACUUCUUUUUAGUCUCAUCUGCUUGGUGUAUAUCCCGGUUUGUUUCACAUUAGAAGAUUUUUAACUAAUAUCCGAUUUCAUAAUACUAGAUUAAAAUAUUCAUAAUAUUAAUGGUAAUCAUGCUAAUAUUCGCAUUGUGUUUGUUUUUCUUUUCAAAAGAAUAAAAUCUGCAAAUACCGGUGCAAUUGGAGAAGA